CAGCAAGCUGCAGAGAUGCUGAUGCCCAAGAAGAACCGCGUCGCCAUCUACGAGCUCCUCUUCAAGGAGGGCGUGAUGGUGGCCAAGAAGGAUGUGCACCUGGCCAAGCACCCUGAGCUGGCGGACAAAAACGUGCACCUGCACGUCAUGAAGGCCAUGCAGUCCCUCAAGUCCCGCGGCUACGUCAAAGAGCAGUUCGCCUGGCGUCACUUCUAUUGGUACCUCACCAACGAGGGCAUCCAGUACCUGAGGGACUUCCUGCACCUGCCUCCUGAAAUCGUGCCCGCCACCCUGCGGCGACAGACCCGCCCGGAGACCGCCAGACCCCGGCCCAAAGCCCUGGAUGGGGAGAGGCCAGCACGGCUUGCCCGGGGGGAGGCUGACCGGGACACAUACAGGCGCUCAGCGGCACCACCCGGUGCCGAUAAGAAAGCCGAAGCCGGCGCUGGAGCCUCGGCAGACUUCCAGUUUAGAGGUGGAUUUGGCCGUGGACGAGGACAGCAGCCUCAGUAACCUCCCACUGUUUCUACACAAUAAAGCGUUAUGUCUCUCA